CCUUGACUGUAACCUUUAUGGGAGUGUGAUUGAAAAUGUUUUGUCCCGAGAGUUAUAUUGAGGCAAAAUAUUUCGCGAUUCAUUUUCUGUAAACGCAUCUGGCAGUAAAGGUGUUGCCGCAGGACUAUAAUUUAUGGACGACUUUUGAGCGACCCUAGUGACGUCGAGUUUAGUGGCUCUAUAUCUGACAUGAGGGGACUAAAAGUUGGCUACUAAUUGUAUAACAACUCAUGGCACGAACUUGCUCGAAUAAUUCCCAGUCCACGUGUAUCUGGUUUCCAAAAACUAAUAUAUCAACAAGUAAUAGUCUAGGUGGCUGGUGACAGAUCCUUAAUACAACAAGCUUCUCAUUAAAGACUUAUGGUGCUAUUUAUAGUAUCCACCUGCAAGUUAUGAAGUAUUGGAUUGGAUUUCAACUGUUGCUUUUCCGAUCUCGGGGACCAAACAGUAUCAAAGUGUUCGCAGAAAAAAUGUCUGGAAAUCCAUUUGUUCACGAAUAUCCACAAAUUCAGAUCAAUUCUGUGAAUAAUCUCACUACAACUAUUCAGAAUACGUUACAAAUGACAGUUUCAACACUACUAAAUCAAAUUUUAGAAAAUUCAAAUAUUAGAAACAUUAAUUCUACGACAGUUUAUAUAAAAGAUAUUAAAACUGUUCAACAGAAGUUAGAAAUAAUGGCUACUAGUGGGAAAGACAAAUUAGAAAUUAUUACAGAUUUCGAUCGUACACUAUCAAAAUAUUGUCAUGAUGGUGAACUUGUUCCAACUUCUUAUGGUAUUUUUGAAUCAGAUCCUGAAUUAACGGAAACAGCAAAAUCCAUGCUUAUAAGUCUACGGAACAAAUACUAUCCUAUUGAAUUGGAUAAUAAUCUUACAGAAAAUGAAAAAACCCCGUAUAUGUUAGAAUGGUGGGAACUAGCUCAUGAAGUAAUUAUUGAAUGUGGAAUACAAAAACACACAUUAGAAAAAACUGUUAAAGAAUGCCAUCUAGUAUUACGUGAUAAAGUGAGUGAAUUUUUCCAAUUAUUAUCGGAUUAUCAUAUACCAGUAUUGGUUUUCUCAGCUGGACUUGGGGAUGUAAUUGAUUUAUGCCUUCAUCAUGCAAAUGUUUUUCAUGAUAAUAUGCGUGUUGUUUCAAAUUUUAUGCAGUUCAAUGAUGAUGGUAAAUUAACUGGAUUCAGUUCACCGAUUAUUCAUGUAUUUAAUAAAACAGCUGGUUCUAUUACAAAUAAUGGUAUACCUAAACGUCCUAAUGUUUUAUUACUUGGCGAUUCUUCUGGUGAUGUGCACAUGGCUGAUGGCGCUACUGUUGAUGAUCCAACGGGUCAACUUGGAACAGUAUUACGUAUUGGCUUUUUAAACGAAUCAGUACAAGAGAAUCUGGAAAAAUAUCAAUCUCUUUAUGAUAUUGUUUUGGUAAAUGAUGAGACUUUUGAAAUUCCUUACAAAAUUAUCCAAAGUAUUCUUAUACAUAAUGAAUAACAAUGCGCUAAACAUACAUACUACAUACAUACAUACAUACACACAGAUAGACAUACCUACAUACAUACAUAUACAUUAUUAUUCAUAUCCCUACUAUAAUUUUUAAUGGAAUCAAUCUUACUUCAUCAGAUGAACAUAUUAUUUUGUAAUUGAGUGAAAAUAUUGAAUAAAAUCAUUGUAAAAUGAUGUUUCUUUCAUUAUUUAAUUAUUUUCUAUUUAAAUAGAAUUAUUGUUUAAGUAUCUUUAAAUUGUAUAUCCCUAAUUUCAAUUUUCCCCUUACAUACAUACAUACAUACAUACAUACAUACAUACAUACAUACAUACAUACAUACAUACAUACAUACAUACAUACAUACAUACAUACAUACAUACAUACAUACAUACAUACAUACAUACAUACAUACAUACAUACAUACAUACAUACAUACAUACAUACAUACAUACAUACAUACAUACAUACAUACAUACAUACAUACAUACAUACAUACAUACAUACAUACAUACAUACAUACAUACAUACAUACAUACAUACAUACAUACAUACAUACAUACAUACAUACAUACAUACAUACAUACAUACAUACAUACAUACAUACAUACAUACAUACAUACAUACAUACAUACAUACAUACAUACAUACAUACAUACAUACAUACAUACAUACAUACAUAGAUACAUUGAUACACAUUGAUAGAUAGACAAACAGGUUGUGGUACAUGUAUUCAAUCGUGAUCUUCAAAAUGUCAAUCAAUAUUUUUAAUGAAUACAAUUAAGAAUUCGAAUCACUAUUGUUUUUUUUUCUUCUUUUUGUUUUUAGCAUUUUUGUCAACAUUUCUAAUUUGUUUAUAGUUCACUUCGUUCACCUGUUUGACUCCUUUACCACCCGUUUUUCUUUUUAGUACUCCUUUUCUCAUAAAACCAAGAAAGAGAGAGAGAGAGAAAUUCACCAUGUUGAAUCUUUUGAACAAAGAAUAUUCUACGUAACAAUCUUAAAUAGAUCUAAGUAUAUUUAAAAAAGGAAUGAUAAAAAUUAGUUUUUUUUUCGUUUGUUUCUAUAGUGAUAAACAGAUUUUUUUUUAAAAGAAUGCCAGUAUCCUAUUUCACUUUUCGUAUUAAAUUAAGCAUAUUUACUCCAACUGUGUUUGUAUUUAUUACGUUUGAUUCUCUUCUAUUUUUUAAUGUGAAAAGAAAUGAUUGAAACUAUCAAUUGGAAUAUAUAUUUAUAUUUAAUU